AUGCAGUCCGUCGCCGCCGAGUUCAACCUCUCGGAGACCGCCUUCCUCGCCCGGGACUCCUCCGGGGGAGCCGGCGCAGCCCCGCGGUUCCACCUCCGAUGGUUCACUCCCGUCACGGAGGUUGACCUCUGCGGGCACGCGACGUUGGCCUCUGCGCACUUCCUCUUCACGACUGUUCUUCCGGAGCAUGGCAAGCUGGAGUUCAUGACCAGGUCCGGGAUCCUAACUGCCAAGAAAGUCCCUGCACCAGGGAGCACUGGCGUCCCAGGUGAGGAGCAGGGGAAGCUGUUUAUUGAGCUGGAUUUCCCCAUGAUUGGUUUUCUGGACUGCAACCAAAUGCCGUCGAUUCCAGAGACCCUAAACGGUGCGCCCAUUGUGGAACUUUCUUCAGGAAAAGAAGUUGUUAAUAUCCUUCCUAGCAUCGAUGAAAUUAAAAACUUGGCCUGCAGGGGUCUUAUUGUUACAGGACCGGCGCCGGCUGGAUCUGGUUAUGACUUCUUUACACGUUUCUUCUGCCCAAAAUUUGGGAUAGAUGAGGACCCUGUUACGGGCAGUAUACAUUGUGUUUUGGCACCCUAUUGGGGCAGAAAGCUGGGGAAGCAAAAAUUGACGGCAUUUCAAGCGUCUCCAAGGGGUGGAACACUAUACCUGCAACUGGAUGACGCAAAUCAGAGAGUGCAAAUCCAGGGAGAAGCUCUUACUGUGAUGGAUGGGACGCUCCUAGCCUAG